AUGGUUAAUUCAGUGCGCUGCAAAAAACUACAUUUUGUGAUAUGUUUCGUUUUUAUUGUCGAAAAAAGUGAGGCACAAUUAAACAUCCCUGAUUAUUACAACCCCAACGAUCCUAAUUACCGACAAUAUUUAAAUCCCAACGAUUUGAAUCCGAAUUUCAUUCCAAAUAACGUCAAUCCGAAUGAUCCGAAUUAUACACCUGCACCAAAUCCCAGAUUUAUUCCCAAUAAUAAUCCCAAUUUCAACCCGAAUCUGAAUCCGACCAACGUGAAUCCGAAUUACAAUCCAAAAUUGAAUCCGACAAAUCCGAAUCCAAAUUUCAAUCGAAACCCAAACAAUCUAGAUCCAAACUACAACCCCAACUUGAAUCCAAAUCCAAACAGAUUUCAACCGAUCAAUCCGAAUGGUAGUCCCAACGUUUACUUUGCCGGCAAUAAUUUUGACAACAGGACUUAUCAAUUUGGAUUCGUCGAUGGGCGAAAUGAUGAGAUUUAUGGCAUUUUGGACAAGUUGGAUGUUGAGGCCUCGGAUCGUUGUACUGAAAAUGUGGCCGCUCAGUGGAACUUUGAAACCAACGUGAAUGUGGAAACCCAAGCAGAAGUGAUAAACGCCCAAGGAAUUUAUUCCGAUUUUCAACAUGAACUAUGGGAAUAUAUCAACAACCUGGGAAUCCCCAACAGAAAUUUGGACAUGAGAACUUACAGACAACUUAGAUACAUGUCAAUUGUGGGUCCGGCAGCUCUAACUCCAGACCAAUUAGAUAGAUACAAUCGAUUAAUAAACGACAUGCUGUCAAUAUACAACACUGCAUCAAUUUGUGCCUUCAAUGAUCCUUUAAACUGUGGCUUAAGGCUGCAACCAGACCUGAACAACAUAAUGGCAAAGAGCAGAAAUUGGGAUGAACUGCAACACGUAUGGACCGAAUGGAGAAGAAAUUCAGGACGAAAAAUGAAGGACUCAUACGAACAGAUGGUCUUCGUAUCAAAUGAUGCAGCAAAGAAAAACAAUUUCUCUGAUACAAGUGACUUUUGGAAUUUUGCCUUCGAUCCUACACCUGACUUGUUUGAAGACGUGUGGGAAGAAAUAAAACCCUUGUACGAACUUUUGCACGCUUAUGUAAGGAGGAAGUUAAGAGAUUAUUACGGCCCAGAUAAGAUUAGCAGUCAAGCUCCUUUACCUGCACAUAUUUUGGGCAACAUGUGGUCUCAAUCUUGGACAAAUAUUCUGGACAUUACACAACCUUAUCCUGGACAAAAUUAUAUAGAUGUUACUCCAGAAAUGAAUCGACAGGGAUAUGCUCCAGAAGAUCUCUUCCGAUUGGCUGAAGAUUUCUUUUUGUCAAUCAAUAUGAGUGGAAUGCCUAUAGAAUUUUGGAGGGAAUCAAUAUUCGAGGAGCCUCUAGAUCGUAAUAUAAUUUGCCCACCGUCGGCUUGGGACUUUUGCAACGGCAGAGAUUUCAGAAUAAAAAUGUGCACGCAAAUCAACAUGAGAGAUCUGAUAACCGCCCAUCAUGAAAUGUCACAUAUUCAAUACUUUAUGCUCUAUAAAAACCAACCGAAAGCGUUUCGAGACGGGGCGAAUCCAGCAUUCCAUGAGGCUAUCGGAGAAGCAAUUGGAUUAUCUGUGGUAACACCUAGUCAUUUACAAAGUUUAGGUUUGAUACAAUCUUCGGUGGAAACUUUGCCAGUUGAUAUAAAUUUCCUUUACUCAAUGGCUUUGGAGAAGUUAACGUUCUUGCCAUUCGCCUUGGUGAUGGAUAAAUGGAGGAGAGACGUGUUUAAGGAAAAUAUUGUCAAGAACCAAUAUAACUGUCGUUGGUGGAUCCUUAGCGAGGAAUACAUGGGAAUCAAACCUCCAGUACUUCGAUCAGAACUCGACUUCGAUCCUGGUUCAAAGUACCACAUACCAGCCAACAUUCCAUACUUAAGAUACUUCGUCAGCACCAUAUUACAAUUUCAAAUUUACCGGUCGAUGUGCAGAGCGUCAGGACAAUACAUGCCAGGAGAUCUGAACAGACCUUUGCACAAAUGCGACGUUUACAAUCAUAAAGAGGCGGGAAAUAUUUUAAAAAGCAUCAUGGAAAAAGGUGCAUCGAUGCCUUGGAGGGACGUUUUGUUCCAAGCGACAGGUGAAAGUCGUCUCGACGGGAGUGCGAUGCGGGAAUACUUCCAGCCUUUGGAAGAGUGGUUGCGUAACGAGAAUCUGAGGACGCGGGAAUACGUCGGAUGGCUUUACGACGGCGAUUAUUGCAAACAGAGCAUCGAGACGGCGGGCCUGCAGGUUUUCGGCGGUUUCUACAAUCGAGGCGCACUUCAAUAUCCGUCCUUAUGUGUUCUUUUGUGUUCUCUAUUUGUAUUCAUGUACUAAAAUAAGAUUUAUUUUUUACCACUUUUUUUUGUACUAAUAGACUAAUAAUUGUAAAUAAUGCCAUUUUGUUUGAUUGUUUUAAUAUACAUAAUUUUGUUUAA